AUGAAAGAUGAGACAACAACUAGCACAGUUCAACAAACAACUUUGCUAAAACAAUCCACAGAUGACGACCAAAGGAGAAUAUCAAUCUUACUUGAAUGGGCACACGAGAAGCACAUCUGGAUUCAUGAUGACAUCAUCAUAGGUCGCAUGGAGGAAAUUAAUAUACCUGCUAAUGAACAAAGCAUAAUAGCAAAAGGCGAGGGAUACGGCAUCUUUCUACGAAAAGACUCUGAGCCAUUGAUUGAUCGGCAAAUUCUGGUACUGGUGCCGAAACAAACGAUUUUAUCGGCAAAAACGUCUUCUUUAUCGGCAUUGAUUAAGGGUGAUCUUUUGUUCAACCACGAUGCUGCGGCCGGUCUUCUACUUUCUACAGUUUUAUUGCAUGAAUUCUUGCUUGGCGAGCAAGGACCUUGGUGGGGAUAUUUACAAUCUAUGCCUAAAAGUAGACCACAAAAAGAAUGGGGUAUCAGUCUACCGAUGCACUGGAAGGAAGAAAGUGAGAAUGAAUGCUGGCGUUGGAUCGAACAUUGCGAAUCAGGCAGGAUGAUCAAAAGGACAAAUGAUGAUCCUAAUGGUCUCUUGGAAGGAAUUGGAAUGAGCUUAGCAAGACUAAAGAAGUAUUUCGAUCAAAAACUUUUACCAAUUUUAUCCGAAGCACACCCACAUUUGACAAUGGACAGCAUUUCAACGAAAGCGGCAUUAUGGAACGACUUCAUAGGAAUGCAUUCACUCGUCAGUAGUCGGUCUUUCGUUGUGGAUAUGUAUCAUGGCUUAGCAUUGGUGCCUGUUUCGGAUAUGUUCAAUCAUUCUGAUGAUGCAAACGUUCAUUUUGAGGCAGAUGAAGAUGUUUGUGACGAAUGCGGAGAAUUGGGAAUGUGUCCGCACAAUGAUGACCCUUUACCAUCUUCAGCAUAUGGUCGACCUUCAGCUUUUUUACCUGCAGAAAGAGGUCCAAAUUCGAUCGAUUGGAAGGCGCCCGAAUGGUUAGAUGGCCUGGAGACCGUUGAUAUGGUUGCGCAAGAACAAAUCGAUCGGGCAACCGAAGCGUUCAAUACUUACGGUUUGAUGUCAAAUUCAGUUCUUUUGACAACGUAUGGCUUCUGUUUGGAUGAUGAAACCGAAUGGGAACGCUAUGGAUGGGAAUGGAGGAAUGAAGUGGAAAUGAAAGAAAUUUGCGCUGCAUUCAAGCUACAAAAGGACAGCAAGAAGCGAUAUUUGGAUAAGAAUUUCGAUGAUCAGAAUGACCGAACCGCAUCAACUUUAUACGAUCGUUGGAUAAAGGCUUUUGUGAGCUUUACAAACUUACCUCUACAAUCAUUCGCAGAGUUAUAUUUGUCGCCAAUGGAGAUCAUACGAAAUCAAAAAGAUGAAAGCGAACCCGGCACGCCUUCAUUGACCAUGCCGAUUACUUCUCCAUUUCUUGCGCUUAUGAGAUCAGUGGCUUUGGAAGAACUUGACAGGCAAAUUGAGCCGAUCAUGGAAGAGCAAGACUUGAGUCCCUCUUUGCAAACCUUUUUAUCGCCACUAUCUAUGCAUGACGGAAGCCGUGACCGAUACCAGCCUUUAUUCAUAGAUAAGGAAGGACAAGUCUCUUUACCACUAUUCAGGAUUGCUGUAUUAGCAUCGUACGUCAAUGAUAGUGAUGAGUCUUUAUCAGAGGCGAAGAUUAUUGGUGAAUCUGAAAGAUUAUUGGAUCACAUCAUUUUUAUCUCUGAGACUAAUGACGAAUUCAACGAGUCGAAAUGGUCAAUUUCCGUGAUCAAGAUACUCAAAAAUGCUCUACAAUCCAUUCUUGCAUUGAUUCAAUCGCGAAGAAUGAAGUUGUAUAUCACUCAAGGAAAUCGACAAGAAGAUGCCUUAAGGAUCAUAGAGUCUGACAAACGAGGAAGCCUUCGAAGCGCCGUUUUACAGGCGUUUCAAGAAGCCAAGGCUCUUGACAUUACUAUUGAUCGGGCUGCCGCUUAUCUCCAUCUGUUGAACGGUGUUUGA